GGUUUUUUUCAUAAACACAUCGUACAUAUAGGGGAAAUCUAAGUAUAAUAGUCAUGAUCUGGGUUUGUAGAGCCUGCCGUGACCGUGGUUUUGUUUCCUCCCGGACUGCAUUGGAGGAUGGACAUUUCAAAAGUUCGGAGGGUGUAGCGCAGAUGUGAUAUAUCGUCCACUUGGAAGUGUUACUUUUGUACGUUAAGUAGAGUUAUGGCCCAACAAGGUGCAAACAAAGACAACAUCAGAGCUGGCUGUAAAAGAUGUGGCUAUCCGGGACAUCUGACAUUUGAGUGCCGCAACUUCCUGCGUGUGGAUCCGGGGAAGGAUAUUGUGUUGGACGUGAGCAGCACCAGUUCAGAAGAGACUGAGGACGAGGAGCAGGCCACGCCGCGCAAGGAGAAGCCCCGCAGACCAUCCCGCCCCAGAGGUUCAGAUGAAGAACGGAAGCGCCGUAAGAAGAAGAGCACAGAUAAGUCCCACAAAAAGGCAAAGAAGAGGUCUAACUCAUCAAGUGAUGAAGAUGGGGAAGAGGAGAGUCAUAAGCACAAACACAAGAAACACAAAGGCCACAAGAAGAAGGACAAAAAGAGAAGCGAGAAGGAGAAGGAGAAGCGACACAAGAAAAAACACCAGUCAAAGGAAGAGUCCUCAUCUGACAGUUCUACAUCUUCCUCGGGCACUGACUGACCAACAUUGUAUUUUUGUGUAUAAAAGUGUGUGUACUAUAUACACACUCUACAGCACACAACUCCAACCUUGACUUAAUUUGGAUCCUUUUUAAAACCAGAGAUUGAGUGUGUGACGUCUUAAAACAGACAGACAGCAUCUUGACCUUCAAACUUUUUUCCUCAAUGGAAACUCCACUGUUUAAAACUAUGUGUUGUUUUCUGCCUCUCAUCGUGAUUUGACAAAAGCAAAUACAAAGAGGACAAGGUUUGCUGAGAAAUCCCACUCUGAUAUUCCUUUUUUCUGUGAAAACUUGUGCGGGGUGCAUUUCCAUGUUUUCUGAGUUAAAUAAAAAAUUCUUGUACCAUUCCAA